GCAUUGUUUGGAAAGAGGAGGAGUUGCUGAAUGUAAUGCGAUUUAAAUGGUACAGAAAGCGUGAAAAAAUAGACUUUAUCAAUUGAGAAAUUAGCGCCAGGUCUUUAAGUGUAAACGUAUGUUAAAGAGUAACACUUAAACUUUAGAUAGGAACCUAAAAUAUAUAGUUGGUUAGCUGGCUACAUAGUAACGUUAGCUAGACUAUACUGUGACAAAAGUUAACCCGCUCACAAAAGACGCUCAGUUAUUCCGUCGUUUCUUUAUAAAAAUAGAAUUUUCAAAUAAAGCUAGGCCCCGGUGCCUCAAUGUUCGGUAAACAGCGCAUUCCCCAGAAAUCUGGGUGUCAGUAGACAAGUCUUUUGUGAUUGAAGCUCACCAUUGUAAAACGGAUUUAGCGAACGACCCUGACUCAGAUCUAAGACGUUCAGGCUACAGAGAAUGUCGGAAACAUUGUAACCAAAUUUAAGUCCGGAUAAUGACCAAGAAUCGGAGCAUCUUAUUGUGUCUAAAUCUAAAUUAACAUAGGCUAGCUGUAGCCUGAUUACGGAUAAUUCAAUAUUGAGAUGUGUGGGUUUACUGUAUUAGAUGAACCCGUACAGAGGAAGUGAGUCAAUUCUAGUUGUGAUAUCAAGCAAGCUUGGUGGCUAUAGCUAGGUAUAUUUAAAAGCGAAAGUUCAUACCAUAUACAUUUUGAUCGGAAGAUUAAUUUUCCCUUCGGAAUACAUUUGGCUGCUAUUUUCCGUACAUUUAGAACUUGUCAAGGCGAACAGUCUUAUUCAUGAUCAGCUAGCUAGCUAGUUGAAUUUCACCUUUGCUGGCUAGCUAGCCGGUUCCCACACCCGAAUGCUGCUGAGUGUUUUAAUGGCAAUCUAGCUAACUAGCUAGCUACAUUCCCCAGUCUCCUCAUUAUGUCGAACAUACCAAACGAAGCCGUGUUCUUGAUAAAAGAUGUAAAGCCUGGAUUGAAAAAUUUAAAUAUCAUCUUUAUUGUUUUGGAAAUAGGCCGAGUAACCAAGACAAAGGAUGGCCACGAGGUGAGGUCCUGUAAGGUUGCGGACAAGAGUGGCAGCAUCACCAUCUCUGUGUGGGACGAGCUCGGCAGCCUCAUCCAGCCCGGCGACAUCAUUCGUCUGACCAGAGGGUACGCGUCCAUCUGGAAGGGAUGUCUGACCCUCUACACAGGACGAGGUGGAGACCUUCAAAAGAUCGGAGAGUUUUGUAUGGUCUACUCCGAAGUGCCCAAUUUCAGUGAGCCAAACCCAGAGCUGCUGGCCCAGGCCAACCUGCAGAACAAAACGGCCAAAGCUGAACAGUCUGGAAACUUCCCAGCCAAUCAGAAUUCAGGUACUUCUGCACAGACUGGAAACGGUUCCCUACAGACUUACUCCACAAACAGUUCCUCCCCUGCACCCCGGGACCCAAGCUUUGGGGCUCUGGGGCGGGUCAAUGGGCGUAUCCCAGGAAACGGCACCUCCGCAGGCCCGGCAGGAGGCCCAGCAGCCACGCCAAAACCGUCUGUCACCAUCAGCAAUGGCCGGGACCCAAGACGCGCAAAGAGAUGAGACUGAGGAACACCGCAACGCCCCUCCCCCUCCUCCUCCCCUGUCCCGGCAGGGAAACGCACAGAACCACCCCUCACCCUUGCGCCAGAAAUGCCAUGCCCCAAAACCCACCCCUGCCAUGCCAUGCCCAACCUGACUGAUUCUAUUUGCUAAAAACUAUUCACCCUACUUGAACACUUAAUGCACUUUCUAUUUCUUAAUUUAUGAUGAAUUUAAGUCAUUGCUGUAAUUUUCUUCAGGAAUCUUUUCUUUUUUCUUUUGCUUGUUUGAGAUGGCCAAGUUGAAUUUUAUUUUGAUCUCAAGAAGUUACAAACCUGCUGCUUCAUUUUGUUCUUGCUCACCCCACCACCCCCAGCCUGACCAGAAUAUGCCAGAAGUGAGUGUGAAAAGUAAAGGUGGUAGUUUUAUUUCUACAGGUAGGCUAACUUGAUUAGUAUAAAAUAAAAAAGGUGAAACCCCCAA